AUGCAGUCGAUCGAUUUGAAUUUAAUUAUCAGUAAUGCACAUGAAGACGGUUGUGCUAAUAUUGGUUUGUUCAAUUCAUCUGAAGUUCAUCGAGUAAUAUUAACAAAUGUGUUUUCGAUACCAAAGAAUAGGCUUGUUUUGAUCAGUGACACGAUGGGACAACGUCUUGGUCUAAAUGUGCACAAGACAUUACCUCCACACAGUUUCGAUUCUUGGAUCGACAAUAUCAUUCCAUCUCGUGGCCCAUAUCAAACAUGUGAAAACGUUUAUUUAUCACUUGAUCCCAUCACUUAUAAGCUUAAAUCUAUUGCUUAUCCUGUUUUAGUUCCAGAUCUACCUGUUGAUUUUGUAUUAGGCACUCUAUUUUUUGAUGAGUUAAAUAUCAUAUGGAGUUCGCGUUUAAAUCGUCUAAUUACUCGUAGGGAAGAAGAAGAAGAUGGAGAGGAAGAAGAAGAAGACAGAGAGGAGGAAGCUCGUCGACAAACCUAUCGAAAUAUUUUAUAG